AUGUUUAGGUUCUUUUUUUAUUUUUAUUCUGUAAUUUGUACAAAAGAAGAAAAAAACAUUUCGUCUCGCAAUAAUUACAUCAAAGCUAAUACAGGAAAACCUAUUAUUAUCGAUGCACCAGAAGAAGAUAUAAUAGGUAGGAGGUCAUGUUUUAAUAGAAUUUGUUUAUCAACACCCAAAUUGGAAAUAGUUUUUAGUUGUAUUUUGGUAUUUUUUUUUCUUGUCAUGUUAAGAUUAUAUUUUAGUAUUUUUUAUAAAACUAAAGUAGAUAAUGAUUUAGCAGCUAAUCAGGAUUUUACAAUACAAUAA